GCUGUGGGGGAGGGGCGCUCUCCCGGCCUCACCUGCGGCCAUGACGGCUCCAGGUGCGCUCACCUGGGGCAUCCUGGGGCUGCUGCACCUGGGCGGUGUGCUGACUGCAGGUGUGCCCCCAGGUGAGGCCCUGCUGCUCUCAGGUGUCACCCCGGAACCCUCAGGUGUGCCCCCAGGUGCGACCCCGGAUCCCUCAGGUGAGCCCCAGGAGGGCCAGGUGCGCCUGGCCGGGGGCCCGCACAGGUGCGCGGGGCGCGUCGAGGUGUUCCACGCGGGCAGGUGGGGCACGGUCUGCGACGACACCUGGGACCUGGCGGCCGCGCGGGUCACCUGCCGCCAGGUGCGCUGCGGCCCCGCCCUGGCGGCGCUGCCGGGCUCAGGUGAGUUCGGGCCAGGUGAGGGCCCCAUCUGGCUCGAUGACGUCACCUGCCGGGGGUCGGAGGUGGAGCUCGGGCGCUGCCCCGCCCGCACCUGGGGGGAGAACAACUGCCACCACGGGGAGGACGCAGGUGUGCGCUGCGCAGGUGAGAUAUGGACAGGUGCUGAUCCCCUGCUGCAGGUGAAUGCACAGGUGCAGCCCCAGGUGAAUGCACAGGUGCAGCCCCAGGUGAAUGCACAGGUGCAGCCCCAGGUGCAGCCCCAGGUGCACUCACAGGUGGAUGCCCAGGUGGAGCCUCAGGUGGGCGCCCGGGAGCUGUUGCAGGUGCGGUUGGUGAACGGCUCCUCCAGGUGCAUGGGCAGGGUGGAGGUGCUGCACCUGCGCAGGUGGGGCUCGGUCUGCGAUGACACCUGGGACAUGGCGGACGCACAGGUGAUCUGCCGCUCCCUGGGCUGCGGCUCCGCCCUGGCCGCACCUGGCCACGCCUACUUCGGGCAGGGGGCGGGGCCGAUCUGGCUGGACGGGACGCACUGCACAGGUGAGGAGCUCACCUUGGCCAGGUGCGCCCUGCACACCUGGGGAGAGCACAACUGCGGGCACGGUGAGGACGCCGGGGCCGUCUGCUCAGGUGCGGAUCCCCCCCAGGUGCGGCUGCGGGGCGGGGCCGGGCCCUGCGCGGGGCAGGUGCAGGUGCUGCUGAACCGCACCUGGCUGCAGGUGUGCGGCCUCACCUGGGGGCUGCCCGAGGCGCAGGUGCUGUGCCGGCAGCUGGGCUGCGGCCCCGCCCUCAGCGCACCUGUGGGGCCGCACCUGCCGGGCCAGCCUUACCUGGCCGAGCUCACCUGCCGGGGCUCCGAGGAGCUGCUGCUCGAGUGCCGCCAGCUCCGCCCAGGUACCUGCGCCUCAGGUGUGGCCGCCGCCGUGGCCUGCGCCGAGCCGCCAGCCCCGCCCGACUCCUGCUCGCUGCUGGGGGCGCUGCUGGGGGUGGGGGCGGGGCUCUGCGGGGCCCUGCUGGGCCUUUACCUGUGCGCCAGGUGCGCCAGGUGGGCCCGGGGCGCCCCCCCCCGCUGGGGCCGGCCACGCCCAGGGGAGCCCCUGCUGCCCCCGGAGCCCCCGGAAGGGCCGGGAACAGCCGGAGAGACCAGUACGGACCAGUAUGGACCAGUAUAGACCAGUACGGACCAGUACGGACCAGUAUAGACCAGUAAAAACUCAAUAAAACCAGUAUAAACCAG